AUAAUGACUCCCAGGCGUCGCCGAUUCGAGUUCUCCUUUCGUAAGAGACACGGCAGUCCCUCGACGUCCUCUUCCAGUAUCUCUCCAACCGUCCCUGUCCUCCAAUCGCCUCUGGCUUUUCAAGCACUAGGCCCGAGAACCAUCUCUGAGGCGACCUUAAAGCAGAAGAAUAAGCUGGACAGGGCGCCUGUGAGACCAUCCAUGUUUCUCGAGGAGAAGGAUGACGAUGACAAUCCUAUGUACCCCAUCAAGCCUGGCGCACCUGCCGAUGUGAAGUCGACCCAUUUCGAACGCAAAAUUAUUGAAGGGGAGUCUGUCCUCCGCCCCAAAAGCCAAUACUUUGAGGAUAUCUUCAAUGUCCGGGGUCUUGUAACCUCAGCAAAGACUCGGAUCACUCAGGAUUCCGUGAUUGUCAUUGAAAUCAAGAUCAGUACCCAGGUUAAGGAUGAUGAUUCGCUUGCUUCAAUAAUCACAACGCAGAUGGCAAGGAUCUUUGAAAAGUCUGGCAUCUUCAUCAUGACCACCGUCCAGCAAGACGCUUGCCUUUAUUUCGGAAACUCGAACUCUCCAGCUUACUUGAUGAAAGUAUUUGCGUUGCCGUAUCUCAUAGCUCCAAUAACGAAUCUUCGCAGCACCAUUCUCAUUCAGAUCGCCCUUCAAAAGAUUCUGAAUAUAGAACCGAGCCGUGGAAUCAUCUUGUACAUCCCUAUCCCCGAAGAGAACCUUGCAACCAACGGAGCAACCGUCAUGGGCCAGUUGGUGAAUAUGGAACGUAGUACAGGGGUGUUCAAGACCAUCUCGCGAAAGCUCAAGUCUGGCAGCGCACAGAGCGCCCCCAUCUCGGUUGCAACGACAUCUUCGUGGACC